GCGCUCGCUGUCAAGUUUGUUGUUUAUUUUGUUUGUUUAUAACAAAUAAAAGUCAUUUGCAAAUCUAAUUAGAGAUAAGUAUAACGUAUCGUAUUGAUAAUGUGUUCAUUAUGAAGCGUUAUCUUUUAUUUGUAACCGAGGGGGCCUGUGUGGAGCGUAAUCAGUCAACUUUGUCAGUCAACAGCCAGCGUAGAUAACGAAAGUAACACCGAUAUAAAAUCGAUAAUUUUAACUAGUGUGGUUGCUACCAUGUCUUACUUAAGACACAUAAAUAAAAUUUGUCACAACUGGGGUCUUGUAUCUAAUGCAAGAUUUAGUCAUGCGCAAGCUCUCAAAGAAGAUGUACAGAGGCAACACAUACAUAAAGUGCUUAUUGCAAACCGUGGUGAAAUAGCAUGCAGGGUUAUGCGCACUUCCAAAAAAUUAGGCAUCAGAACUGUAGCUGUCUUUUCUGAUGCUGAUAAAAAUGCUGUGCAUGUUGAAAUGGCUGAUGAAGCUUACCAUAUUGGACCUGCACCGUCUACACAGAGUUACCUAAAUGCCGCAAAAAUACUUGAGGUGGCCAAGAAAUCAAAUAGCCAAGCUAUCCAUCCUGGCUAUGGGUUUUUGUCAGAAAAUGUGGAGUUUUGUGAAAAAUGUGCAGGAGAAGGGGUCAUCUUUAUUGGACCACCACCUAAAGCUAUCAGGGAUAUGGGAAUAAAGAGCACCUCCAAAGCUAUGAUGUCAGAAGCCGGAGUUCCAAUUGUGAAGGGAUAUCAUGGUGAAGACCAGAGUCUUGAAAAAUUGCACGCUGAAGCUCAACGGAUAGGAUUUCCCUUGAUGAUUAAAGCUGUCCGAGGGGGUGGCGGUAAAGGCAUGAGAAUCGUCAUGACUGAAGCUGACUUUUUACCUCAACUUGAGUCUGCUAAAAGGGAGUCAUUGAAAUCAUUUGGAGAUGACAACAUGUUACUAGAACAAUAUAUAACAGAUCCUAGGCAUGUGGAAGUUCAAGUGUUUGCUGAUAUGCAUGGCAAUGUGGUACAUUUAUUCGAGAGAGAUUGUUCAGUACAAAGACGUCACCAGAAAAUUAUAGAGGAAGCUCCAGCUCCAGGUCUAUCAGAGGAGACGCGAAGGUCUUUAGGCGAAGCGGCGGUUCGAGCGGCCCGUGCCGUGGGUUAUGUAGGCGCAGGAACUGUGGAAUUCAUAUUGCACCGCGUCACCCACGAGUUUCACUUCAUGGAGAUGAACACACGACUUCAAGUUGAGCAUCCUAUCUCUGAAAUGAUCACCGGAACGGACUUGGUAGAAUGGCAACUUCGCGUCGCAGCAGGUGAACCGCUUCCGUUGACUCAAGAAGAGAUAAUACGUCGCGGUCAUGCAGUCGAAUGCCGCAUAUAUGCAGAAGAACCAGGCGCGGGAUUCUUGCCACGAGCCGGUACUUUGCAUCGGUUGACGCAACCCAAACCGGAAGACAACGUGAGGGUGGAGACAGGUGUACGCGAAGGUCAAGAAGUAUCCGUCCAUUACGACCCCAUGAUCGCUAAACUUGUGGUCUGGGGCCGCGACCGCACCGAGGCCUUGGACAAGACCAGAGCUAAACUCUCCGAGUAUAAGGUAGCCGGGUUAGAGACGAACGUGAACUUUCUACUGCGCCUGAGUGGUGCGAAAGCGUUCGUCAAGGGGGACGUUCACACUGCGUUCAUUCCUCAACACGAGGCUGAACUGUUCCCUCAGGCUGAUAACGCUACCGUUGAAGAAAAAGCCAUACAAGCGGCAUUGGGACAUCUUCUUUAUUCCCAAAAUAUGAGCAGAGCCAAUGACAGUUGGAAAGGAAUUUCCUUGGACGCGGCAGGCUGGAGACCAAACUAUCAAUUAAAAAAGACGAUACCAUUGAAAUUCAACGAAACAGAGUUAAAAGUAACGGUGCAGUUUGACGUCACACCUAAAACAUACCAAGUCCAAAUAAAUGGCGGCGAAUGGAAGCGGGUGGAGGCUUCGUUGAAGGAGACCGAUAUGGGGGUUCAGCUGGACACCACCAUUAGUGAUAAGAGAAGAAGCGUCGGCCUUUUAACGCAUGAGAAUCAGGUCCAUAUAUAUGAUGAGAACGGACAAACAGUAUUGGAGUUGCCUAAGCCAAAGUAUCAGUCUAUAGGCGGUGUGGACAGCGCGGCCCUAGCAGACAGUGCUAGCUCGCCUACUGCGGGAAUACUCGAGAGGGUUAUGGUCAACAAGGGGGAUAAGUGCCAACUCUCUACUGCGGGAAUACUCGAGAGGGCUAUGGUCAUCAAGGAGGAGAAGGUCAGUGAAAUUAAUGGGACAAACAAUAUUGGAGUUGCCGAAGCCGAAGUACCAGUCUGUGGACAGUGCCAGCUCUCCUACUGCGGGAAUACUCGAGAGGGUUAUGGUCAACAAGGGGGAAAAGCCAAAGUAUCAGUCUGUGGACAGUGCCAACUCUCUACUGCGGGAAUACUCGAGAGGGUUAUGCUCAACAAGGGGGAUAAGGUGGAGAAAGGCCAACCCCUGUUCGUAGUGAUUGCAAUGAAGAUGGAGUACGUAGUACGUUCGCCGCGAGACGGCGUCGUAGCCAGCGUGGCGCCCGUUAAACUAGGCGAGGCAGUUGGCAAAGGAGUCAAUAUUGUGGUGCUGGAAGGACAAAAUUAGGAAGAAAAAUUAACUUUAACAUAAUGUGAUAAGCAUAGGCCUUUUAACUUAAGAGCUUUGAUAUACACCCUAGAUACCGUAUUGCCUGCAGGAAAGCGGCGAAAAAAAUAUCUACUACAUAUGGUACAUAUGCUCGUCGCUACACACGCACAUAUUAACUGCUUUAAAACAAUUUGACAUUAGAGUCACGCACAUAUUGUAACAUGAGCCGUUUUCUUUGCGUGGUUUAUUUGGGUUGAUCUAUCUAGGCGUAUAAACAAUCAUUAAGCUUAUGCCGCAAUUACAUUUAGUCGUUAGCCGGAUUCGGGUGCACGAAAGGCAUUACUCGAAUUCGGACACCCGAAGCAAUAUUUACUCUGGAAUACGGGCUGGAAGACAGUAUCGGGUAAACAAAAGGAAAUCUACUCGAAUACGGGCGUACUCGUCUCCGUUCGUUUACACUUAGUCGUUUACCCGACUUCUAUUGGCACUCGUAUACGGGCUAACGACCAAAUGCAAUCGCGCCAUAAGAAUGAAUUAAGUUGUUAUUUACUGAACUAUACGUAUUUUACUUUAGAGGGGUGUAAGUUGCUGCGUCUUGUAAAAGAUCUUUCUAAAAUACGGGUUAAAAUGGAAAGUAAAAGUGAUGUUAUUUAUUAAGAGACUGGGAGAUAUCUCGUUGAUUCAAUAAUUACUAACAGAAAGAGGCUACACAUCAGAAAGAGCAUUGUUCAAUGUACAAUGUUCAAUGCAGAUUGUACACAAAAUUAAAAUUAACGUUUUUUCCAUUUAUAAUAUUAGUUAGGUACUUGGGAACGGAGAUGUGUACCACAAGCUGUUGUUUUAUAAAAGAAAUAAUUGACAUAAUCGAUUACAUUAUAAUAGAAUAGUAACAAUGGUUGCAGUCGUGCGCUUGUCCUGAACAAAAAUAGAAUAGUUUCGAAAAAUAAUGUUUCAAUCAUAUUUGCAACAUUCCUUCUGG